UCAAUCGUUAAUAAUGCGAAUAAUAAUUUGAUAUUAUUGAAUCCUAUUCCUAAUAUUAUGUAACGCUAUAAUUGUUGUGCGCAGAAUCGUUAAUUACGUUUUUUGCACGUACCAACGAGAACUUGAUUGAUAUAGUUCGUGCAUUACACCUGCUCUAGCUAGUUUAAUACAUGUCGCGCGCUCGAACGACUCUCUCACAAGGAUCGAACAUUAUGGAACAUUUAAAUCCAAUCCACGUAUGAUGGCUCUAUGAAAGCUUUUUGAAUCGUGAGCUUUCUUAUAUCAAUUUCGAGUAACUCGGACGGAGCUAUGAGUUUACGUCUGAUCUGCAACGUUCGGAGGACUCCUCCUGGGACGUGGAACGUGCAUUCAUCGAGAUACGUGCCCAGAAUUCCAUUUUUCUUUCCUCUUAAAAGGAUGAUAGUCGAACUUUCAUCGGAGCUCAGAAAUUCAACGGCACUCGAGGAAUUAUUACAAGAGGACGUAUUAGUUCGAUUAUUACAAUUAUUGCAAUUGUUAUUUGAUUGCAAUUGUUCUUAAAUUUCUUAUCGUAGUUUGACCUAGUUAACAUUUCGAGUUUUCACUUGACAAAUCGAUCAGUAUAGCUCGAUCAUCGUGUAGCCAUAAGAGACCAUAUCUUUCGAUGUGUCCAACGCGCACACGCGUACGAACGAAUUUGCACGUGCGUUCUUACGAGUUAGACGUGCAACAACGGCGCGGGCACGGGUCGAUAAUACGAAAAUUUCUGACGCGCCUUUGGGAGAAAGAGAGAGGGAGCGAGCACGUGCUGCCCUUUUGCAGCACGACAAAUAGGAAUUAUUCGAGGGACGGGAAAGCGAGCCGCGUUGGGGGUUGCUUCGUUGCGAAUAUAUACGACAAAGGGGAUUAGUACGUUCGCAUAAUGACGGAUAAGUGCGAGGAGGGUAGUCGGAAGAAUCAUCCACCGACUAUAAUCUCUUUCUCUUGAAUCUUCUCUUGAACAUUUUUCUUCGUUUUACUCGAAGGAUGCCUAUCGCUACGAAGAAAACGAUUUCCUACGCGGAAAUCUUUUGCCUCUCGGCAAUUAUAUAUAUGCACAUAUAAAUAUGUCUUUGUCAUCGAUAAACCGUCUUGGCAAACAAGGGCAUGUCAUAAACGGUAAUGUAUAAUGGAAACUUGCGUAAGAAGAAAGUUAGGUGCUGAACUAUAUGCAUUGCAAAUUGGGAAUACGUUGUCCUUGGGAACUUUAUGCAAAGUUUUCAGGGAAAUUUGAGAAUCCAUCUAACGGAGAACGCAACAACCCACGACGAUGGGGACGAUAUCGACGACGCGUGCGAAAAGACAAACGGACGACGGAUAAAAGAGCUUUUCCAUUUUCUCUCUCCCCCUUGGGAUUCCAUGCCGAUGGUGUUUAUUGCGUUCACGUUCUCGAAGGAAUUUCGAGCGACAAAAAAAUCGCAUGCACACGCGCGCGCGCACCGACACAUUCAAAUUCUUUGGAGGAUGAAGAGAGAAGGACCGAAUAACAUGGCAAGAAAUGAACGUAGACAGAGUGAGAAAGAUAAAGAGAUGGGGGUAGUAGGAGAGGGAGUAGUAGGGAGAUGGAGGGAGUCCGACGACCACGUGACCACCGGGCGGGGGUGGCCAGGCGACAUUUCGCAUGCUCAGAACACGCCAAGCUGCGGCGUAUCGCACAUUGAGGGACGCAAACAGAGGGAAAAAGAGAAAAAACGAGAUUAAAAGAGACAGAGAGAGAGAGAGGAAAAAGGGAGAACAAUAGGGAAAAGACAAAGAGAGUGAGUUCGCCGAUCGCACACCUCGUGAAAAGUUGUGCUCAACGUCGUUCGGGAAAUUGGUUAAAAUCGCUACAAAAUAAUAUCAUACGAGAAAGGGGGAGGAGAAGAGAGAGAGAGAGAGAGAGAGAGAGAGAGAGAGAGAGAGAGAGAGUAGUGCGAAAUAAAUUAUCGAGGAAGAAAGAAGGUGACCUACGUUCGUGUGUCGCGCGUGUGUCAUAUUCGUUUGUUUCGUUUGAAAAGGAAGAAGGAAAUAAAAAUAAGCAGAAAGAGAAAAGUGGAAAGGUCGUUUGAAAAGAUUCCUUUUUCAUUCGAGAACUGUGCGUCGUUCUUUCUCUUUGUAAUUGAUUCUUUCUUCGAUCGACGACCGAGAAAAACAAAGAAGAAUAUAACAAAUUUUAUACAUUUAGGAACGUGCUUGGAUCAUCGUUCUGGACGCGAGUCCUUCGUUGGCGAGAUGCUACUAUGGAUGUGGAAAGUGCGAGAAAAGUGAGAUAACGAGAGACAAAGAGAGAAACAAAGGAGAUCUCUCUCGCAAGAAAGAGGGAGAGAGAGAGAGAGAGAGAGAGAGAGAGAGAGAGAGAUUUAGACAGAGGAAGAAGGUAUACCGUAAAAGUACGUAAUCGCGCUUCUGCCAGGUAGGACACUUAUUUGUUGUUUCAAUUUUUUUAUCGGCCAUGUAAACAAGAUGCUUAGAUUUUUUCCUUUUUUCUUUCCUUUUGUUCUUCUUAUCUAAUGAUAUACAGGCCUUUUUAUCGGGGGAAAAAAGAAAAGAAAAAAAUAACAAGCCGGGUGUGGAUCUUGUUUUCCUCAAAAUUUCAUAUUUCAUCGAAUUUACGAGAUAUAGGGAAAACUUGAAACAUAGUAAAAAUACACAGACUGAUAAUAUUUUGUAAGAAAAUGUAAUUGGGUUUUUCGCAUUGCACUGCUAUUUAUAUUGUUCAUUGACAAUUAGUAAGAACACCCAGUAGACACGUACACGAGCAUGUAUAAAUGUUAACGCGUACAAGCUAACAGCUGUUGAAAACCGUCAUUAUCAAUUGAGCAUGCGUAACAUAUGCAUCUAAUUCGGCUCGUUACCAGUAAUGUAUUUUAAUUGGCUGUACGCGCUCUCACAGCAUCAAGGAACGCGAGCGUUUACUAAAAGUUCUUCCGCACUAAGUAAUAAUCCUCUAAUCCCGUUUAUUAGAAAGCCGCAUACAGUUUUGCGCUUUGCGCUUUGUGAAAGAAUGAAAAAUCGAUUUUUCGCAAACGUAUUUGGAUAAUUGUUGUUAGGAUGAGUGCGAGUUAGCGAAUCAAUUUGAAAGGGAAACUUAGUAUUUCAAGAAUAUUUAAUCGAUUAAAUAAUUCAUUCUUUUAUCAAAUAAAUGAUACAAUCGUAAACCGCUUUUUUUCCAUCGUCGAUAUCCCUAGAAUAUAGCAAGAAGUCAAUUUGUUUCUUUUUUUAAAUAAAUAAAUUCUCAUGAUAUUGUGUUUUUGAAAAAUCGACGAGCACGCAUUGGUAGGCACGUCGAGUCGAAUCCAUCGAAAAGCAAGCAUCUUAAAAGCGGUUGGUCUCUCGAAUUUCUUCUCUCUAUCCCUUACACAUUCGUAAGGUCUGCCAAAGGACCCGUAGCAAAGCCCCUGGGUCCUUUCGGACAAGAACCUUUUGUCUUGCCCGGCUGCAACUAUUCCAUCUCUCUCUCUCUCUCUCUCUUUAUUUUUCUUUUCCCUUCUUUCGAGCGCGUAAACGGAGAAGGAGCUGAAAGGAAGGAACGUGUGUCACGGCCAAGAAGGAAGCUGCGAGUCGCACGCGUUUUCGUCUUCUUUUGGGAGAAAAAGGAUCUUCAUAAGUAAUCGACGUAGAGAUUAGGUGUAGUUACAUGUGUAGAGUGAUAUGUUAACCGAAGACAAUGACCCGACGAAACCAGCGGGCGUUUUAGACAAUGCUGGCAACGUGUCUUCCUCGACGGAGGCCUCGGUACAGCACCCUCGCAGCGCAAACAAUGAAACCGAAGUUAAAAACGAAGUUCAGGACUGUCCGGAGAACGAAAGCGUGCCGGGUAGCGAAUUGUACAUCGACGAUAAUGCCGAGGAAAAGGAGCAAGAGUAUCCGGAUUCUAUGGAGAAGGCUGACUACGGUACUCUCUAUGGCGCCAAUCAAUACUACAACAGCAUAUACAAUUCGCCUACUUACGGAUCGACGACGGGCGCCAAGAACACGUCUAGCUUGCAAAGCUCUUAUCUGACUUCGUACACAACGCCAAGCACGAUGACGCAGUAUUCGUCGUAUGCCGGCUACAAUAGCGGCACCACGACAUUCCCUAACGUAGGGCAAAAUAUAUCCUCGGCUUCCCAGAAGCUGGACUACACCGCUUAUGGUAGCAGUUUGUACGGAAACGACAGGGUACCCCUUCAAUAUUCUGGAUAUUAUCCAAUGCCCGGUUACCACACCACUCAUACGUCCUUCAACAUAGGAAAUCUCAACUUUGCUGAUUCGACGAAGACAGCACUCACGUUGGACGCGAGCGCUCAUGAUGCGAGUGACCCGACCGCACGAGAGACCACAAACGUCGAAGGAACUACAGCGAAGCCUUGCAGACGCGGUAGGCGACAGAGCGGAAGCGGAAACAGUAUCGGUUCCGCGGACACUACGGAAGCCGGCCCCGAUCGUAUAUUCAUUUGGGAUCUCGACGAAACCAUAGUCGUGUUUCAUUCGCUUCUCACUGGUCAAUUCGCUACGAAGCACCGAAAAGAUCCUACCUUGCUCGCACAGGUAGCCUACAGGAUGGAGGAAAUGAUAUUUAAUUUGGCCGACACGCACUUUUUCUUCAACGACAUUGAGGAUUGCGAUCAAGUACACAUAGACGACGUAUCGUCCGACGACAACGGACAGGACCUGUCCUCGUACAAUUUCGCAACGGACGGCUUUCAAUGUGCUUCGGCGAACAACGGCAUAUGCCUAGCCUCCGGGGUACGCGGUGGCGUAGAUUGGAUGAGAAAGCUCGCCUUCCGUUAUCGCAAAAUAAAGGAGAUCUACUGUAAUUAUCGGAACAACGUUGGCGGUCUGCUCGGAGCGGCGAAACGCGAACAAUGGGUCCAGCUGCGUUCAGAGAUCGAAGUUCUCACCGAUAAUUGGCUCACGUCGGCCGUCAAGUGUCUCAGUUUGAUCAACAAGAGAAGCCAUUGUAUCAACAUUCUCGUAACCACAACUCAACUUGUUCCGGCCCUCUCCAAGGUCCUUCUAUUCGGUAUAGGUGGAAUAUUUCCUAUAGAGAAUAUUUAUUCCGCUUCUAAAAUAGGAAAAGAGAGUUGCUUCGGAAGGGUGGUGGCUCGUUUCGGUCGUAGAUGUACCUACGUCGUGAUAGGGGAUGAUUCCGAUGAGGAGACAGCAGCGAGAGCGCACAAUUUUCCUUUCUGGCGAAUAAACAGUCACUCGGAUACUCAGGCGCUUUACAAUGCUUUGGAAAUGGGAUUCCUUUAACCUGCUUCCCUGAUGGAAAGGCAAAGGCAAAAGGAACAAAAAAAGAACGUUUCUCUUCAAAGACGCGAGUUAUCUUUUAUCGUGAAAAACUUGAAGGCAAAAAAUUAACGAUAAGGAUGAAACGAAAAAAUGGGUCCACAAGUGAUAUAAUAAACAAAUGAAAAUAUGACGAGCGCCGGGUGUAAAGGGGCGAUGAAAAAGGUGAAGAGCGUGUAAGUAAAGACAGGGUGUUUUCUGAGUACUGCGACAUAUAUAUAUAUAUAUAUAUGUGUGUGUGUGUGUGUGUGUGUGUAUAGAAAUAUUGAAUCUUAAAUUAUUUGAUCAAAGAUACGAAUAAGCUGCUGAAAGCUUAUCGUAAAGAUGUAUCUACGUAAGAUCACUUCCGAUCCUAAAGAAAUAAUAAACUCGUGUAUUAAUUUCUAUCAUAAAGAUACGAUUCGCAAAAAUGGAUACGCACACACAUAUCCGAAAAGUAUUCAAAUUGAACCUUUUCGUUAAGCGUUCACUCCAAUUUUCUAGGAUCCUUGAAUAGAUCUAAUUUGUUGCGCACAAUCAGUAGACACCCUGUAAAACUGACAGUCGAACGAGCUUAUUUUCAGUCGAUCGACCAAGAUCUUUUCGAGAAAAGAUUUUGUUUUCUUUCUUCUUCUUUUUCCUAUUAAUUACGACAAGCAAUCCAUCCUUUCUGUGUACUUAAAAAAACGUGGUACGGUACGUAUAUACCGGCUUACCUCUCUUCUUUUUUUCUUUUUUAUUUAUUUAUUUCCUUUUUUCUUGCUUCGUUUGUCGAUACUCACUCAUUCAUUGUUCUGUUUUAAUUGUUCUUUCCAUUAUUUUUAUGCUUAUUUUGAAGAAAUGAUCAAAUGAUCUUAAAGUUACAUUAUUCUAGUAUUAAAAGAACGAUACAUAAACUUUUUCCUCUGUUAUUACAUACAUUAGCGUGAUAUUCGACAUGCGUUGCAAAGAAGUAACAAACACGUGAACUUUAUUUUUGUUGUAAAAGCGAUCGACGUGAAAGAGCGUGAGAUUAGAAAACAUUAGGAGAUUAAUAAUUAUUAAGGAAACAGAAAUUAAUAAAUAUAAAUAUGUGUGUAUAUGUACACUAUAAUGGGGAGAGAGAGAAAGUGCGAGAGUGAUUAAUUAGAUAACUUUAUUAAAGCAUAGGAUGGGACACGCAUUAGCGCAAAGUUAAAGACGUUGAACGACUGUGAAAGUAAUUUAAUGUAAGUUCCAUGAAAUAUAAGCUCGUUAGGGGGAGACUGUAAUUCGAAAUAUAAUCAAGUUAUAUUGUACAGCGGCAUUUUAUGUUUUAUCGAUCAUCGAGAGAGUUAACGAAGGGAGAAAGAGAAGCAAGACGAGAAAGAAGAGACGAAAUAGAUAUUUCUUCCUGUUGAGAUCGUUAUGUACAUGCAACGUAUACGAGCGUAUCGCUCUAUCUGUUUCAAUUCGCCAAGUAGUUUGUUUUUCCCUUUCCUUUUUUUCAACGUUUUUCCUUUCUAUUUAAAGAAAGAAAACAAAAGUAUAUUGUUGCAAGUUCGACGAUCGUAAAAAUGUAUGUAUGUAUGUAUGUAUGUAGAUACUUUGAAAUAAGUAUGUACUUUCCUUUUUCUUCUCUCGUUACAUACAAGCGCACAAACGGCAUACAAUUACAUCUCUCUAAUUUUUAUCAUUAAUAGAGAUAAUUUAAGGGUAUUUCAAUAACUCGAACAAGUCCAAAGUUAAAAAUCGAGUAUCAACAUUCCAAAAUUUUAUUUAACGCAUGAUUAUAUCUCUUUGUCGCUGUUUGUGAUGCAGCCAUUAUCGGCCGAAUCGUCUAUAAGAAAAUAUUUGAAUGUAAUUACUUCGUUAUAAUAUUAGAUUCUUAUGGUUAGAAGAUUUUUUGCGAUCUUUUAUACCAACGGCGUAUUUUUAUAAAACGCUUCCGCAUUAAUCCUUUCUGACUUACGUAUGGCUGCAUCACCAUUCGCCAUUCGCGAUCAUUGCCUGCGUUGAUCGAGUAAAAGAUGCGACAAAUCAAUUUAUUUGUACUUAUGCCAUUCUUCUAAUACACAAAUAUCUAUACCAUAUAUCAUACUACCAUGCCGAUACGUAAGAUAAUUUGCCGAAAUAAAUUGCACAUUUUAAUUUUCAAA